CAAACAUUUUACAACUCGAUUCAUCAUUUCAACCAAGCUCUUACUUAUCUCAUCACGUGCGGUUUUAAGUCCAGGCAUGAUGCUGAGCACAGCUUCAUCAGCAUGGUCGAAGGAUUGACGGGAUGGCCUGUUUGUGGAGCCUCAUCUCUGUCGCAUCCGACAUCCGCGGGCGAAGCGAAUAGCGUUCUCGACUGGAUUAGAAUUCCUACUUGCCAUCCUUUAACAUCAUCUUCCUCAUCACGCUCGUCCAGGUGCAUCAGUCCGAGAUGCCUGAAGCUGCCGAUCCACACCGGGUUCCUAAGCUGUUUCUUGCAGUCAGCUUCACGGUCUUCUUUCUGUGGAUAGCUAUCUCCACCGGACUUAGUGCUGGAGAAAUCUCAAAGCUCUCUGAUCGCAUCACAAUUCUGGAAGAGCAAUUGAAAAAGACUCAAGCCGGCCGCUUCGCCGACACUUAAAUUGAAGGUCUCCU